GCUGCACGAUGUGCAUGUAGUUGAUAAUCAGAUCAACUGCAGCCCAUUUUAUCAAUGAACACCUAUUUACAUAUACCCAUUUCUCAUUUCGCUGGCUUGAAAGUUAUUCUAUUCUUGAGAAAAAAUUAGUUGUAAUUGACUUUUUGUGAUUUCUAAUUUUAUCUUUAACACUUGAUGAAGAUACCAUUUUUGGUUUGUUUACAAUAUUAAUCUACCGCAGCAGCCAUCCAACUGUGUUGGUAUUAGAUUAUUGAGCAUCAUGUCGACAACCGUAACGCCGGAUCGUUCGACCUUGUCAAAAUCUCGUCUUCAAUCGCCUCGCACGCCACUUUCCCCAGCCGGUACGACCGUUGGAGCCGUGCGGGUUCGUGAGGCGAUUGAAAAGUUCUGUGACUUGCACAAGAAAUGGCACAACACGAUUCGUAAAGGGACGCAGUAUUGCAGUGGAAUUGAGUCGAUCAAAAUGGGCAUCCUGGAGGCGCAAUCCGAAGAAAAAAAUCCUUAUCCGGCAAACCUCAAGCUGUACUGCGGAAAUUUGUCGGUGCUGUGCGGUAUCCUGCGGGAUGUAACGAGUGACCUAGAGACGUUGAUUGGGCAGCUGGAAGUUUUGCACAUCGCUCUGAAGGAUGAAGUCAUCGGUAGAAGUUGGAACUUGGUUCGAGUGCUUGACUCGCUUCGGACGAUUUUGGAACGUUACAGAUCGGAGGUCAGUUUGCGAAAGGUGAUUACCGAGAAUAUUGGGCAUGCUUGUGACAAAACAGAAAUGACACUUCAUGUGGCCUUCUGGGAACAGUUAACCAAUCAAAAUGAAGAUGUCGAUUUGCUUGCACGAAUGCUUGUUGUUGAAUUUGGGUUACCCGUAGCGUAAGGCGUUGAUUUUAAUUUAAAACACUACUGUGAUUAAUUUGAA